AGCUGGAUAGAGCGCACCGGGUUGGCGCAUGUAUUUGCUCAUAUUUCUUUUACCGUCUUCUUUUCUACUGCGUGUCCAAUGCUGGAUGCUGGAUGCAACCCAUCGGCGCGUCAACAACACACCUCUGACGGACAAACCAUGGACGGUCUAGGCAGCCGCUGUAAGAUUGUGGUGGUCGGGGACACGCAAUGUGGGAAAACAGCACUCCUGCACGUUUUUGCCAAGGACUGCUAUCCAGAGAGCUACGUGCCCACGGUGUUUGAAAACUACACCGCCAGUUUUGAGAUAGACAAGCACCGGAUUGAGCUGAAUAUGUGGGACACGUCAGGUUCCUCUUAUUACGACAACGUGAGGCCGCUGGCGUAUCCUGACUCAGAUGCAGUUCUCGUCUGUUUCGACAUCAGCCGCCCAGAGACUUUGGACAGUGUCAUAAAGAAGUGGCAAGGGGAGACACAAGAGUUUUGUCCCAAUGCCAAAGUGGUGCUGGUGGGAUGUAAGCUGGACAUGAGGACCGACGUCAGCACCCUGAGGGAGCUCUCCAAGCAGCGCCUCAUCCCCGUCACCCACGAGCAGGGCAGCACGAUAGCUCGACAGAUGGGGGCGACGGCCUACGUAGAGUGCACAUCCAAGGUUUCCGAGAACAGCGUUCGGGACGUGUUCCACGUGACCACGGUGGCGUCGGUGCGACGGGCGAACAAGCCACAGCUAAAACGCAGCAGUUCCCGCAGAGGCCUGAAGCGAGUGUCACAGCUCCCCCUGCCACCCCUGCCGGGUCGGACUGAGCAAAUAGAGGAGGCCCCGACCAUGAGGAAGGACCGGGCCAAGAGCUGUGUGCUCAUGUAGAGACACAUCACUAUAAAUAUAUAUAUGUAUAUAGAUAAACACAGAAAUAUAUAAAACAGAGGAAGUCUAUUUAUUGUUUUUUUUUCGUAUUUUUAUUUUUUUGCACUGCAGAGGAGGGAGGAAAAAAGAAACACUGAGCUGUGGAAAGAAAUGCUAUGAGUUUUUUUUGUUUUUUUUUGUUGCGUGUGUGCAUAUAUUCUAAGCUGUUUACAUAUUUGUGAUGUUUUGAAAUUAUGGCAAAUUGGACUUGGACCCUCUGGACACGAGGAAGGUGCGAUAGUGGAAAUGCCGACUUGUCCCGGGUAUUAAAGAAGAGUAAAUUUCCUAAAAACUGCUCUAAUAGGAGGAUGGCACCGCAGUGAUGCAACAGUGAGGGGGGUGAAGAUGUCAGGAGGACCAUGUUGGAGCUGGAUGUCUGGAGAGGAAGCUUGCCGUUUUCAGAGACAGUGUUGCUCAGUGAACAUGAGGACUAAUUCUCUAGCUGUGCUGUCUGAAGUAGCUUCCUGUUGCCAUAUUUGACAGGAAAUGUACAGUGAUGCUGAAAUGGGAUUGUAGUGAUUAGAUGAAUGAUGGCUCAAACCAAACACUGGGAGCUGGAAAAGAGAUUUUGUCACACUGAAAUAUUGUGAAGGUGUGUGAGCGCUACUACCACAAGUGCAUUUUUAGAAGUCACAACAUAUCUGAUUUUAUUUUGCUCAUUUAACACAGUUUUCCUCAACAACUCCAACUGUGUCGGUUUGAUUCACUGAAGUUAAUA